AUUUAUUGUAUCAGUUUGAUUGGCAUCGUUCGAAUUAAUUUGUACGUAAGGUUUCCCAUAGAACGCAUAAGUGAUCUGUUUUUGACCCAACCGCAAAAAUAUCGUUCUUCAACAACAUUCUUAUUCUAAAUUUAGGACUCGCGUCGACUUGUUCUCUCUAUCGUGCACGGCGAACAUUUUUCGCACUAUUAGAAAAUUGGUGACGAGUUUGUGCGGUUGAAUUUUCUUACGUCGUUGCGCGUAUGUUACAGCGUGAAUUACGAAUACCUCGCGAUCGACGCCCGAGAAAAUGAAUUAAUUUUCGCGCAUUUGUAAUCGCUCGUAUUUGUCGGAUUAAUGCGAGUAGAAAUUUUGGCUGCUACGCGUAUCACAAUGCCGAUUGAACCUCGCGAUCGAAACCAGCGAUACCAUUAGUGGAUGCUGAUUAAGUGCCCUGUCGCUAUUGUACAUACCUACUUCGCACGAAAGUACAUAACGUGUUUUCGUGCCGGCGUAAAUUCACGUUAAAAAAGUGAAGAAUGGAAAGAAAAGAAUACCGAGACGAAUCUCCGGACAGCGUCGGAUAUAUCGAGGAAGACCAUCCGUUGCAUCCAAACCUAGCAGUGCAAUCGGUGCGACUUCUGCAAAUACCGCCGAAUGACGACGAUAAAUCGUAUUCGUUCACUGCUUCGUUUACGGACAUGGAUGUACCUAUUUUUACCAGAGAAACCUUAUUCGAGAGACAAAAGAAACCGAAUCUCACUGGUAAUCUUCUCUUCGCUACGUUCGCGGCAGCUGUCGGCUCUGCUUUUCAACAUGGAUACAAUACUGGCGUAGUGAAUGCACCUCAAAAAAUGAUCGAAGCGUGGAUAGGAGAUAUUAUGAAAAAUGCUUCGAUCGCCAAUGGAGGAACUGGAAUUGUCAACGAAAAUACGCCGGUAGUGAUUUAUGCGGCCGCAGUUGCCAUCUUCUGUUUCGGUGGCAUGAUCGGCGGCCUAAUGGCGGGCGCAGUCGCCGAAACUCUCGGUAGAAAAUGGGCCAUCAUUUUGAAUAAUAUUCUCGUUUUCAUCGCCGCACUUCUGAUGGGCUUGUCGAGAAAAUUCGGGUCGUACUAUAUGUUGAUAAUUGGUCGUUUGUUCAUCGGAGUAAAUUCUGGACUGAAUGCCGGUUUAAUUCCUAUGUACUUAUCAGAGAUCUCGCCCACCAAUCUAAGAGGAAUGAUUGGCAGCUCUUAUCAGUUGGUGAUCACAAUUUCGAUUCUGCUGUCUCAGAUUUUAGGUAUGAAAAGUGUACUGGGUUCGCCGGAAGAUUGGCCGAUUUUAUUUUCGUUAAUCGUUGUGCCGGCUGCCCUCCAAGUAAUCACCAUGCCAUUUUGUAAGGAAUCGCCGAGAUAUUUAUCGAGUAAAAGCCAAGAUCAGUCAGCCAUCGAAGCUUUGCAGUGGUUUCGAGGCACUUCCGAUGUCAACGCUGAAUUUGAAUCCAUGAAAUCUGAAUUCAACUCGCAGAAAUCCUCCGGCAGCGUGACUCUAGGGCAAAUGAUGAGUAAUCCGAUGUUAAGAAUACCUAUGGUGAUCUCGAUUGUAAUCAUGUUGGCUCAACAACUUUCAGGAAUUAAUGCGGUUAUAUUCUAUUCUACUUCGAUUUUUGAUUCGGCCAAAUUGAGUGCUUCGGAGGCGCAAGUUGGCACGAUUGCGAUGGGAGCGAUGAAUGUUGCGAUGACUAUCAUCUCCUCGCUGUUGGUUGAAGCGGCCGGAAGAAAAACAUUAUUAUUAAUCGGAUUUGGCGGCAUGUUUGUCGAUACCGUACUACUGUUCUUUGCCCUAGAAAAUCAUUUGGCGUACUUCUCUAUAAUAUUAGUAGUCGGAUUUGUAGUAAUUUUUGCCACUGGUCCAGGAUCCAUACCUUGGUUCUUGGUUAGCGAAUUAUUCAUGCAGAAUGCCAGGCCGUUAGCUACUAGCAUAGCUGUAGGAGUCAACUGGACAGCAAAUUUUUUCGUCGGCCUCGGUUUUCCUAUUCUACACAAUCAUUUUGGUUCCGGAGUAUUUAUAAUUUUCGCUGUAUUACAAUUCAUGUUCACCUUUUUCAUUUAUAAGAAAGUGCCCGAAACUAAGAACAAAUCGACAGAAGAAAUAUCAGCCGUUUUUCGUCAAAUGUCAUACGAAUCGUAACUCGUAAGCGUUGUAAGCCUUCCUACCUACUUACUUACCUAUUUUUUCCUUCUUGACUGUUAUCAAAUAUCAGUCAUCGUUGUUGUAGAAUUUAAUUCAAUAAAAUUACGUUGAUUUUAAUCGUCA